UGCAAGGAGCUCCUCCCACCUCCUUGUACUCUCUCCAUGCCUGCUGUAGAGGAGUCCUGCUCCGCCUCAGCACUCCACCUCUGCACAGUUACAGCAACAGCAGCAGUAGCAGCGGCAACAGCGGCAGCGUGCCCGGCUGGACCCGAAACCAGCUCCCUGCAGCAGUAUCACCGACACACACACACACACACACACACACAGAGCCUCUCGGGUCAUUAACCUGUCGCUUGUGGGAUACGUGAAGACAGACGUUUAUCCGCUGCUGCGGGAAUCAGAAGAGCAGCCGCCGACACAGCUGUGUUGUUUAUAUUUUUUGUCUGAUUUUUGGAGACCUUUUGUGUUGCCAGGGAAGAGAAACUCCGAGCAGCCAUGAGAGUUCAUCCCUUAUCUGCCAAAUCCCUCCACAACCACAUCUGACCAAACCUGAUUUAGCAAACCAAAGAUGUCAGCGUGCAGCGACUUUGCAGAACACGUGUGGAAACCCGGCUCUUGUAAGAACUGCUUCCACCUGCUUAGCGCGCACAAGACUGUCGGUGGCCUGGAUGGCAGUGCGCCAACCGCUUGUUUGAAGAGCAGCCUGGGAGGCGAUGAAGAAGCUGGAGUGACGACGCCUUCACCCUACAGCAAGCCAACCAUUGCUGUCAAACCCACCAUGAUGAGCCUCGACACCAACGAGUCAACAGAUGUUAACAUGAACAUAGAGCAGGAGAACACAAAGAGCCCAGUUGAGCGUUUGGGCCUGAGGAAGCUCUUGGACCUGUCAUCACUUUAUAUCGAUAGUAAUGGCUGCAACAAGGCCCAUAGAGAUGCAGUUCUUCAGAGUCCUGAAACCAAGAUGGACUACAACAACUCCUUUUCUUUUUCUCCCUUGGCCCCCAAUAUUCUACCCAAAGACUCCAUGAUCAUUAGCAAUAUCUUUGUCACCCAGGAAGAGGGUAGAGGUUCUCAGAAUUUAAUAAAGAACGCCAAUGGAGACACCCGAAGGCAGCAGAAUAGCACAUCCGCUAUUAGAACCAAGAGCACUUAUAAUGGAAAUGGCACGACUGUCAAGCCAAAUUACCAGGAGGCCCAUCAGGCAUCUGUGGAUAUACCUGUGGAUGUUGUCCCUUCCAGUCCAGCCACAGUUCAUAGCAAUGGUAUGAGCAGUGGAAGCACUGCUACUGUUACCACUAAGACUUCCAGCACUUCUACCACUUUCCCCACCACAACCUUAAGUGUGGACACCACUAGGCACAGUCCCCCUCCAGUGCUCCACUCUGUUCCUGUCCUGUCAAAACAGACCAGCCUAUCGAACUCCUCUUGUUCUUAUCGUAGUAGUACGGAUUCACUUCCUGGCACAGAGGGGUCAGGAGGAAGACAAGUCAGGUCAGGGAGCCCUCAAAGUCCACCAGCCACAGGUAGCCCGGAGUCAUCUCCCAACUCACCCACUGGACAGCCAGACUCAGAGCCCAUUUAUGCUGAGAGCACCAAGAAAAAGCGCAGGCCGCAAGGAAAUGGAGUGCAAUCCCAUCCUGAGUCCCCAAACCAGAGUAAGAGCUCCUCCUGCUCUGAGCCUGAGCAUUCAGGCGAGAACCAACGGGCCACCAUCACUGUAAUGGCUGCUCACACAGAGGAGAACAACAGGACUUUUUACCUGAGCAGCCCAGAUUCAGCGGUCAGCACCCAGUGCCACUUCAGCCCCACAACACGUAAAGACCCCAGCAGCCCAGCCUUCCGCUGGCCCAGCCCCAGCCACAGCGCACCCUCUCUGACCACAGAAGCCAGCCUCACCCCCACUCUCAACCCCAAGCCUCAGUCUAGCCCACCCAUUCCCCCAAAGAGGAACAACCGCUCCCCCAAACUGGGCACGUCAAGCCUCUCAUCAUCCAUGUCCUCUCCAGUCCCUCUUCCUGAACUCCCCAAGCUGGGCACCUCCAGCCUCUCACCGUCCAUCUCAUCUCCUGUGCCUCUCCCUGAACUCCCCAUGCUUUUCCUCGUCUCCGCUAGAGAGGGGCACUUCAAGGUCCAUACAGAGCACCACAGCGCAGCAUCUGAACGCUGGCACAAACCCCACCACCACAGUUCUGGCUGGAACUGCUGCAUUGAAGAAGAAGAGGAGGAUGAGGAGAGAGAGCGGAAGGACGGGGAGAAGAAGAAGCUGGCUGCCAACCCGGGAACAACUACACGGGUGACAGGCCUAGUCAGUGGUGCCGCUGUCUGGAAGGAGGCCAGGGACUGUAAUGCCCACAGCAGCCCCCCUCCGACGACACAGCCAGGCACGGCCCCCCCGGCUUCCCCCAACAAUGGUGCCUGUCAGGAGGAGACUGAGGGCACCGGUGCAGAGGAGGAGGGCAAGCAUAACGGGAGCAUGCCGGCCAAGCAACCGUUGCAUGGCGGCUCAUCAGAGCUGCUGGCAGCAGGGAAGGGAACUGCCAACAAUGAGCCCAAUCCACCACCUCCCCCACCUAAGAAACUGCACAGAGUGUCCAGUAAGAUCAGUGGCAGCAACAUGGAGCUGGACCGCUGCAGCCAGCAAGGGUCAGCAGAGAGUACUACUUCAUCUCCAUGGGGGCUGGGCAGUGGCAGCCUACCUGCUGCUUCUACUGACAACCUAACCACUGACACUGAUUCUCGAGAUGCUACACGGAUGUCUUGUUCCUCUCCAUUUACCAGAAGUCCAGCUGCCUCAGCCCCAGGGUCUCCUCACCCACCCUUCCUCAAGAGCUUAAGUAACCAGCCGCCACCACUCCCGGAGAAAAAAAUGGUCAACCGCACCGUGUCGGCUCCUGAUAGCACAAAUGGGAAACCCUUUGUCCGAGCCUACCCACGCCUCCCAUUCACUGGCUCCGAGACCAACGUGUGUCGACCCACUGAACUAACCUCCCGGUCCAGUUUGCCUUCCAGCCCCGUUGACCCACGGCCCAUUUUCUCCUCCAACGAGUCUCUGGAGCGCUGUCAUGCCCCUCUGGGCCGGUCCUCCAGGUCCCGGACGCUGGAUGAGCCGCUGAAGACUCACGGGCGUCUGGGUGUCCAUUGUCGAAGCAGCAUCACCUGCUCCUCUUCUCCUCAGCUCAGCGCGCCCUUCUCGGCCUCAGAACCGGGUCCAGCGCCAAAUCUGGGCUCCAGCCUUCAACUCCAGACCCUCCUGAGCAACAUUGAUAGUAGAGAGGGGGUGUACUCCAAACUGGGAGGCCUGUACGCAGAGUCUCUACGGCGCUUGGCUCUAAAGUGUGAGGAUCACUUCACUCGCUCCCAGAAGAACCCACUGAGGUUUGAGGAGAGCAACUGGUCUCUUUUCAGGCUCACAUCUAACAAGCCAAGCUGCAAUGCAGGAGAUGCUGUGUACUACUCUGCUGCCUGUGCCUCAGACCCCAGCAACUCCUACGCUGUAAAGAUCUGUAAGAGUCCAUCCAUGGAGGUCAAACAGGGUCAUCUCUACGGUCUGUCAGUGCAGCAGAGCAUGCCUCCCCACUUCAACCUCCAGCAGGACUGUGGACACUUCCUCGCUUGCAUCCCCCAGAGCAUGUUGCCCUCUGAUGAAGUCUCUCUGCGUGCCACACCUGCCUCUUCUCUGCCUCAGCCCUCCACGUCCACACCGGGACAACAGGCAGACCGAGAGCGAGUGGUGGUCAUCACCCCUGAGAUCCCCCAGCAGACUGCAGCUGACUUUGUUCGGGAGUGGGAGGCGUUCCAUAAAACUCAGCCAGAGGUGUACGAGCGCCGCGUCUGCUUCCUCCUUCUGCAGCUCUGCAACGGCCUGGAGCACUUGAAGGAGCAUGGGGUCACGCACCGCGACCUUUGCCUAGAGAACUUGCUGUUGGUGCCUCAUCACCGCAGGCCCUCCCAGUUCUCCCAACAGACCAAUAAUGACAGCAGCACCAGUAAUGGUUCAAGUGGUACAGACAAUCAGCGCCACCUUCCCCGGCUCCUUAUCAGCAACUUCGCCAAGGCCAAACGCCGCUCCUCUGAGGACGCUGCCUCGACCAGCGUGAACCCUCGCAACAAACGUGACCAAGCCAGGCUGGCACCUGAGAUCGUCUCGGCGGCACAGUACCGCAAAUUUGAUGAGUUCCAGACGGGCAUCUUGAUCUAUGAGCUCCUCCACCAACCCAACCCAUUCGAGGUGAGCCCAGCACUUAAGGAACAAGACUACUGCUGUGAGGAACUUCCCCCCAUCCCCUCUGUCUCGCUUUAUUCAGCCGGCCUCCAGAGGCUAGCCCAGCUCCUGCUCCAACCCGACCCCAUUAAACGGAUCCACAUCCAGGAGGCCAAGCGCAUACUGCAGAGCUUGCUCUGGGGUCCCAGGAAGGACCUGAUGGAGCAGCAGCUGGAGAGACACGGACAUGGAGGAGGCUUUGUCGAUGGAUCCCGACAUGAGGGCCUCCUCAACUGGCUGGAUGUGAAACGAGCCCUGCUGAUGAUGAAGUUCGCCGAGCGCUCGCUGGAGCCUGAGAGGAACGCAGAGCUGGAAGACUGGCUUUGCUGUCAGUACUUUUCCUCGGCCCACCCUCUGUCUCUCUGCCAUACUGCUGAACUCCUCUACUCCCUAAAGUAACGGCUCACUUUAGGGUUAAAAGUGUGUGCAAGUGGAGCCAAAGUGUGAAUUUGUGAAUGUGUGUAUGAGAAAGACCAAUAAUGUCUCGACACUAUGGAUGGUCCAGUGUGAUCCUUUGGAGAUACUGUGAAACCUACCCAGCUGUUUGCGCUACUGCUACGUGCAUGAGAGCCAUGCAUCAACCAAGCCGUCCACUCUGAACCUUUUACACAAACAGUAUUCUGCCACAGACUGUCAUCGCAACAAAGAACCGACCUGAAAACUCAGCCAUAGACACGUGGACAAAAUCACUAAAACAUUCACGCACAGACUAGAAUCGCUUUGUGCCAGUGAUGCUGAUAAACACAUCGGUAGGGGAAAAAAAGAAGAAUAUGGACAGUAUUCAUAAUUCUAUAAUACACUUACCAAAGUUUCAUGUUUGACACUGUAUUUUGUGUAUUUAUUAAAUAUCAAAUGAGACAUUUUACCACUGAGAACAGGCUAAUAAUUCAUAACCUUAUUCUGUGUCAGCCAGCUUCGCAAAGUAAUGUCUUGUCUAAAUGUGCAGCUAACUUUUAAAUUUCCUGAUAUCUUAAAAUAUAAGGUCACUAGCAGGAUUGCGGUGUUGCCACUUUUCCGUCACACGUCUAUUCAUGGGCACAUAGUGCUGUACUGUGUAAACAACAUAAACUGUGGAUAACUGGUUUACUAGUUGAAAUGAUCAAGGCAGCCUUCCUUAAGUGUGUGUUAUCUCAGGCCUUGUUAGACAGCACUGCAUAAUAAAUAGACUCAGUAUAAAUUAAUGAUAAUCCAUUCUGUCUAACACACAACUCAAUAUUAAAUGGAUAGACUAAACAAUUUUCAACAUUAGCAACUGCUCCCACUCAAUGGUCAAAGCCCCGUGUUUUUCCUUAUGCUUACUUUUAGUGUAUAUUUAAAUGUUUUGACAUUUGUCACAGUGCCUUUUGUUAUUUGUAUAUGUUACAGUGACUCGGAAGCCAAAUGUAAAUAUUACCGAUCAUUUGUCCUUGGUGAAACUGGCCUUUCACAGAAUGUUCUAGAAACAACUUUGUACAGUUAUUUGUAGAUGAUAUUAGAAAUUAGCCCAAGCAGGUCUUAAAAAAAAGCCAUGAACAUGAGCAGCAGUUAAAAAGUAUUUAUGAUAUAAUUUGCUAUCCUGUAGUAGUCACUGGAAUUUCUCUGUUUUCAUAUGUGGAUUAUCAAGUUGUGUUUUCGGCACAGCAGCAGCUGAGCCGGGUUUUUUUUUUUUUCCCUCCUAUGUCCCAUGUAGGCUGCAGAGAAAGCUUCAAGUUAGGAGCUUUUUAUCUCCAACAAAGAUUUUUUUCCUAAUAAAGUCCAGAGAGACAAGAAUUUAACCACCUGCAUGCAGGUUUCUGUUCAUGACUGACAUUUAUAAUGUUGAAGAGAAAGAAAAAAAAACAAAACAUGGUCUGAUCUCACAACUAAUACAUUAUCGAUUUGAAUUAUUUUUUGUGUGCCUCACUUAUUUGCAUCUAUCAAUAAACUGUGCAUAUAUUUUCUCACAGUA